UGGCGUGCUGGUGCGUUGUUUAAUUACUGACCUACCAGAUUUAAUUGUUAUUGGUGCAGCCCCCUGAGGCAGCCUAUAAAGAUGCCCCACUCGUCAGCUAGUCGACGUAUUUAGUUCCCGCCACCAUGAAGCAUUGGAAACUGUGUUCAUCCGCCGUUUUGGCCAUCGUCCUGCAGAUUAUUCUAGUGCUGCUGCCCGAUCCUGGAAGGGCCAUGACAAUGGACCAGUUCUUGUCCUCGCUGGACAUGAUCCGUAAUGGCUGUGCACCCAAAUUUAAACUGGAUAUGGAAGAUCUUAACCGACUUCGCGUGGGCGACUUUAAUAUGCAGCCAUCGCAGGAUUUGAUGUGCUAUACAAAAUGUGUGUCCCUGAUGGCGGGGACGGUUAAUAAAAAAGGAGAAUUUAAUGCCGCAAAGGCUCUGGCUCAGCUUCCCCAUUUGGUUCCCACGGAGAUGAUGGAGGUUUCCAGACGAUCCGUUGAAGCUUGCAGGGAUACGCACAAAGGAUUCAAGGAAUCAUGCGAAAGGGUCUUCCAAACAGCCAAAUGCCUGGCCGAUAAUGGCGAAGGAAAGUUCAUGUGGCCUUAGGAAAAAUUUCAGAAAGUGUCCGUAAACACGAAUGUAGUAUUAGCUUGAAUUUCCAUUUUUUAAAUAUUAAAAAUAUAAAAAUCUGUUGAUUGGAAAAACAAAUAGUUGUACUUAAAAUACUACUAAAUUAAGAAAGACGUCCAUUAAUCUCAAACAAAAAUAAAGUUAUCUUAAGAACAUUA